CUUAACACACAACACUGACGAAUUAAGAAUCAGAUAAUGCUUUAUCAGAUUCUGUUUCUGCCUUAAACAAUACACCCGCAAAUUUUUAGAAGAAGAUACAGCAUUGUGUCUUUCUAAGUCUAUUUUCUAAAAAGAAAAGUCGUUUUCAACUAUAUUAGUUGAUAGUAAUUUGUGGUUUGACGAAAGUGACUAUAAUAUCUUUUUUACCAAAAAGGCAUGUUCCUUUUUUAAUCGCGAAAACUAUCUAAGCCGCUGUUAUUUCAAAUCCAAGAUAUUUCUUUUCUUGUGUUAACCUAGUAUUUAUCGAUUUUCUGACGACGUUUGUUUUUUGGGAUUUGAUUUUCUUUUGGGUUGGGAAAAAUGUUCCGAGGAUAUGUUCAGACUUCUUCUGGAGUAUGUCAGUCACUCUUAAAAAAUCAUUGUGGAAAUAUAACAUGUUCGAAAUUUAUGCGAGGCCUAUUGCUGGUUCCGGUAAAUGAAAACUAUUCAUUAAAGACCAGCGUAGGAGCCUGUCGCCAAUAUUCUAAUCGGCGAAGGUACUCUACAGCAAAACGAUUUUUGGGUCACAUUUCAUAUCAUUUAUCUCAAGGAAAAUGCCUUUCAGGGUCAUCUCUUUCCGCGUCCAAUUUACUACCCUCUUUUUUCUCAGUGAACGAGCAACUGCAGACGUUAUUGAGGAAUCCUGCCUUUCAGCAUCUUCAUAUCAAGCUUGAUGAAUUAAAUUAUGAUGAAUGUUUUUCUACUCAAAAUACCGCCCCUAAAAAAAAGGUUUCCUUUACUCCUUCAACCGUUAAUUUUGCUUCUCUUGAUCCUCUUCUUUCCGACAGUCCAACAACACCCCACCCACCUUCGUUUGUUCAGCCUCAUCCCCCGUUUCAUGUUUUUGCUGCUCCUAUAUUAAAUGUUCGCACUUUAACCAAUCCUGGCGCUAUAAAACGUACAUAUAAUGUCACACUAGAUAUCUCAAAAUACCCUUUGAAAGAAGGCAGUGAUUGGAAGAUUGGAGGAUCCUUUGGUGUUAUGCCUCCUAACCCAGAUAAUGAAAUAUUUCGUUUAGCCCAUCUGCUAAAUGUCCCUUUAAACGAAUUGUAUGAUCCCAAAACCCUUCAUACUUCCGGUGGACGAUGGCCCACUAUAUGGGGAGAAGAAAAACCUCGCUCAUUAGAAAUUUCCAUAUAUCACGUUCUUAAAUGGUGUUCAGAUUUUCUUUCGAGGCCGCCGUCCAAAGAUUUUUAUCGCCUUUUAGCAAAACAUUCUAAGAAUCCGAUUGAGCAUCAUAUUCUCCUUGGACUUUCGAACUGUUCUCAAAAUAUUUGUUCUGAAAAUGUUUCCAUUUCAGAUGUUUUAGAGGCCUUUCCAAAUUCACGUCCAUCCAUAGAUGAAGUUAUUUCCUUACUUCCUCAAUUAAUGCCUAGAUGGUACUCUAUAUCCAAUGAUCCUGACCUUGGUAAAGGAGUCUUGGAAAUGGCGUUCACGGUACAAGAAUUUGCAGGUCCGGAUGGACAGAUGCGUACUGGCGUCUGUUCUGGAUUUCUAGAAAAUAUGGCUUUGGAAUUUAUAAAGUCUGAGCAAAAUGGCACUUUGAAUACUAAAAAGUUCACAUUACCGAUGUUUCGUGGUGUCCAGCAAAAUCCAUUUGCGAAGGAAUUCCACAAUGACGGACCAAUGUGCCUGAUAGGUGCGGGUGUAGGCAUUGCUCCGUUCCGUGGCUUCGUUCAAAGACGUCUUGCAAACGCAGCUUGUACAGGAAAGGUUUGGAUUAUCCAGGGGUGUCGCGAUCAAACACUGGAUGAACUCUACCACGGCGAAUGGAAUACUAUACCUGGUCAUCACACCAAUCCGAAGUGUCGUGCGAAGAAAUUAGUAGUUGAGUCGAGAAAUGGAAGACGUGAAUAUGUUCAAGAUGCAGUUCGCAGACAUGGAAAAGUUAUCUGGGAUGUCAUUAAUCAUAAAAAUGGUCGUAUAUAUCUUUGUGGUUCCGGAAAAGCCUUUGCCGUUGAAAUUGAAAAGGCUAUCAUCGACGUUACCAUGAAAUAUAGCGGCUGUACAAAAGAAGAAGCAGUUCGUCAAUUAAAGUAUUGGCAAAGUCCCAUAAAUUACAAGUUUGUCAAAGAAGUUUGGUAAUGCCUUAUUAUUGGUUGUAAGAAGAAAGAUCAUAUGCUUACCACUACUAACGAUUUUAAUGAUGAACGCACUUAUUUUAUUUAUUACAUACUAUCACACAUGAAUAUUAGUCCAUAUAGAAGGAAUAAGACGGUAGAAUAAAGUAAGCCAGUUCCGUAGUAAUAAUAUACUGGUGGCGUGACAUGUAGAAGAGAAA